AUGUCUUAUACUCAUAUUCCUUCUAAUCAAUCAUCAGAUUCAUUAGAUGAUUCAAACUUGUCACCUGUGAACAUUUUGGCCACCACAAAACGUAUUUCACCUGCUACCGCUGCUGAUAAUUUAAAAAUUCAACAGCAAAAGACCUCCACAUUAUCUACUUCUUCUAAUGGUAGCAACAAUAGUUCAUGGCGUAGACGUAAACAAAAUGGUCAUAUCCCAAGACCAAAGAACUGUUUCAUGGCCUAUCGUGAACACAUCCAACACGAGAGCCUUUCACAAAACCCCGGAAUGAAUAAUAAGUAUGUCAGCGUCGUCGCUGCUGAAAAGUGGAAUAAAGAAUCCGAAGAAACCAAAAACAUUUAG